AUGGCAGCCACCACUAACAUCACCGGCGUCACCGCGCUGUUCGGCAGCACGGGCCUCGUCGGCUCUAACAUCCUGUCGACGCUCCUCGCGGGCAACUACCCGACGCUCGCCAGCACGGUGCAGACCAUCUCGCGGCGGGCGCCCAAGGACACGGGGGCCAAGCUCCAGGCCGUGGUCGAAGAAGACACGACGCAGUGGGCGUCGCAGCUGUCCUCUCUCGCGCCCGCGCCGACCACCGUCUUCUCGGCCGUGGGGACGACGAGGGCCGCGGCCGGCGGCAUCGCGAACCAGUGGAAGAUCGACCACGACCUCAACGUAGAGCUGGCCAAGGCGGCCAAGGCUCUGCCGGCUGUGUGCACCUUUGUGUUCAUCAGCUCGGCCGGCACGCGGGGCUUCAUCCAGGCGCCGUACGGCCGCAUGAAGAACGGCGUCGAGGACGCCAUCGAGGCUGCCGGGUUCGACACCGCCAUCAUCCUGCGCCCGGGCCUGAUCGUGGGCGAUCGCGAGAAGCCGCACACGGGCGGCAGUCUCUUGAAUGGGAUCGUGCACGGCCUUGGCAAAGUCUUUGGUCAGGGCGCCGCGGAUGCCGUGGGCCAGGAUGCUGUUGUCAUCGCGCGCGCCGCUGUACAUGCGGCACAACUCGCCGCUGAGGGCAAGGCGCCGUCCAAGUUCUGGGUGGUCGAGCAGCGCGACAUUGUAAGGUUGGGAAGGAACGAGUGGAAGGAAUAG